AUGACGACCUACACCGUUGCUAAGGAUGCCAGUCUUGGAGGAACAUAUGAAGGAGCAGAGCCCAUGGGUCUACUGUGGAGCAUGCAGCCUGUUCCAGGCAGUCGGACAGGCCUCAGGUUGAGAAAGAUGGAUGUCCUCACUCCUAUGGUGGUACACAUCUCUGUGUACAGUGGGCACAUGACUGAGGGCUUCAGCAAGCAGUCUCCUCUAGCGACCGUUGUCACAGAACGAUGGUACAUGGCACCGGGUGUGUGCAGAAUUGACAUCAGGGAACAUGGAGUCCGAGGGACCCUCUUUUUACCUCCAGGUCCUGGACCCUUCCCUGGGGUGUUGGAUAUGUGGGGAGGGGGUGGGGGGCUGGUGGAGUACCGCUCUGGCCUCCUGGCGUCACACGGUUUUGUUUCCAUGGCGCUAGAGUACCUUUCCCAUGACAAGAACAGAACCUCAGACAUCGAAUCAAAAACCUACUUUGAGAAAGCGUUCAGGAUUGUGCAGGAGCACCCCCUGGUGAUGAAGGACAGAGUUGCUCUGUUUGGUCUCUCCUUAGGCGCGUCUAUCGCCCUCAACUUGGCAGCCUACUCCAAAGACAUCAGCCCCAGAUGCUGUGUGUGUAUCAGUGGGAGUCACAUCCACCGGGUCAACCAGGCUUUCAGCAAAUUGUUUAGAAAGAUGAACAAGGAUGGGUAUAAGAUCCGAUUUGAUGAAGAGGGCCGUGUGGUCUGGAGAGACAUCAUUCUGCCUAUCCCAACCAACCUUGGAGAGAAAGUGGAUAUGGGGAGGAUAAAGUGUCCAUUGAUGUUGGUCGUCGGGGAGGAUGAUCAGAACUUGGCGACAGUGGAGUCUGCCAAGGACAUGACCCAGAUGAUGCGUGCAGCGGGUAACGAGCACCUGCUGACCAUUCUACAAUACCCUGAUGCUGGACACCUCAUUGAGCCGCCCUACACACCCCACUUCAGAGCCAGCAACUUCAUGGUGCAGCAAACACGACAGAAAGUGAUGGUGUUGUGGGGAGGGUACACCAAGCCGCAUGCCGAUGCUCAGGAAGACUUUUGGGAAAAGAGCCUUAGCUUCCUACGGCAACACCUCUACCCCAGUCCCGACUCUGUCCCUAAGGCCAAGCUGUGAUGUCACACCCGGGGAGCAUCAAGGGCCUAAUCUCUGGAUCUCACCGGAGAAGCAAAUGGCUGGGCACUGAUUCCUGUCUGCACUUCUCCAUUGGGACAUUCAGGACCUCAGCCUUGACCAGCCUGACAUCUACAGGGAGAAGGAGGGGGCCACUGAAUAAGGAAUUCAAAUCAACAGACUUUUGGAUAUGUGUUUAGAAUUAAACAUUUCUGUACUUCCUGGACUUUGGAAUCUCUCUCUCACUGUGUCCCUCACCUAGCUAAUGAAGUAAUGGCUCGUCCAACAUUACUAGCUGUUCCAGCUGGCAGAUAUCCUUUGAUACGUACAGUAGCUAGUGUUAAUGUGUUAUGGGAUUUUUAUCAAUAAUGACUAAAUGAGGUAUACUGCACUGGCAAGAAUUCUACCCUGUCUUUCUUGUAGUAUUAAAUCAUGUUUGUUCAUUAGGAAGGGGUUAUAUGGCAUGUACCUUGGAAGAAAGCAAUGUAUG